AUGGCUUCCGUCCGGCAUCACCUCAAAUGGCGAUUUUCCAUGACACGCCUGGCUUGGUUCUUCGUCCCCAGCUUUCUCCAGGGAGACCACAUGCUCAAACAGAUCCGUCCCGCCAAAUUAAGCCCUACAUCAUAUCUCGAUGGUAUGAGAGGCGUGGCUUCGCUCGUCGUCUUUUUUCACCACCUCUCACUCAACUGCUACAUGUGGGGUUCGGCCUGGGGCGCUGGAGACCACUAUGAUCUCAUACUACUCCCCUUCAUACGUCUACUGUAUGCAGGGCCGGCCGCUGUUAGCCUCUUCUUUGUCAUCUCCGGCUACUCCCUCUCCUAUAGACCCAUAAAACACAUCCGAAGCCAUAACAUCACCGAUUUCUCCAUUGGCAUUAGUUCUAUGGCCUUCCGGCGUGUUAUUCGUCUUUUCCUUCCGAUUAUAUUUUCUACUGGUAUGACUUUCUGCCUGAUUCGCAUAGGCGCAUUCGACUGGUCUCGGUCGAUUGCUACAAACGAAACCUAUUUCAGAUACAAAAUCGAACAUCAUCCUGAGCGGUUUCCCUCAAUAUAUGAUCAGUUCGUGGAGUGGGCAAGUGUUAUAAUAGGAGGUUUUCAAAUCUUUGACUGGAAUGUAUAUGGGGGUUUUGUCAUAUAUGACUCUCAUUUAUGGACCAUCCCCUUCGAACUUCGCUGCUCGUUCGCCCUCUUCAUCCUCAUCAUGGCAACCUCUCAUCUCCAGGCAAAAUAUCGACUCCUCACUGUCACAGGUGUUGUAUGCUAUAGCUAUGUCAAUAACAGAUGGGACAUGCAAACAUUCCUCUCAGGCAUGCUUAUCGUCGAGUGGGAUCAUAUCCGAGGAGCUCACAUCCAACCUCCUGCCUCACCUCAAGGACAAACAAUAACCAAACCUGCACAAUCAAAACUUCAGACAAUUUUCUGGCACCUAGCUAGCAUCCUAGGUCUGUACCUUCUGAGUCAGCCUUCUGACAUCAACGAGGCCAGCCCUGGGUGGGCUUUUCUUGUAUCUCUAAUUCCAGAAUAUUGUCGGUCAUCGACAUUUCGUUAUUAUAAAUCUAUUGGUGCGACCUGUUUCGUCUUUGCUGUGGGUCACUCGCCUUGGUGGCAGCGAGUCUUUAACUCACAUAUUGCUCAAUACUUGGGUAAGAUUUCAUACUCUCUGUACCUUAUGCAUGGGCCGAUAUUAAAAGUAAUCGGCUAUUACUUUCAGGACUGGGCUUGGAGGACUACCGGCGUUGAGGGCAAUGAGUAUAAUGCCGGGUUUCUUUUGGGCGCCUGUUUUUGUGUCCCAACCGUUCUCUGGGCAGCUGAUAUUUUUUGGCGGGCUGUGGAUAUUCCCACUGUCAAGUUUGCUAAAUGGUAUGAGAGCAAGCUCAUUGUGAAGGACUAG